AUGCGAGGAUGCACAAGUGCAGACUGCAUUAAUUGUGUCAUGGCGAAUCAGUGGGGAAACAACAAAUAUCAAUGUGCGCCUGAGACCUGUCGGGUCACAAUAUCGGAUGCACAUUGGCAAAUGCAACAAGAUGACCUUUUAUGCGUCCUUUCCGGACUUUUCUGCAGGCUCAAUGUUCGUGCAUAUUUUGCCUUUUCAUUCGGGACCCCCGCUCUUGUGCCUCUCAAACUCACUCAACCGGGGACUGCCGAUCUCAGUCAACUUUUCACAUUCCGUUUACAGUCCAUUAAAGAGCUGAGUAUUACUUUUGUCAUAUUUCUAACAGUACAGUCGUCACUAGCCUACUUUACAGCCAAUUUGUAG